UCUUUCUCUCUCUCACACUCUCUUCGUAAGAGCAGUAGGAAAGGCGCAUCUCCGUAAUCAGGUCAGACUUCACUCUGGUGGCAUCCUCCGAUCUUCUUUCCCUCCACGAGUGCUGCGCGCGUUUUCUAACCGCUACUAUGAUGGGAAUGACGGAUUUGGGGUGCUUUCUGGUCCCGGUGAUGAUGCUGGUGGGGUGCACCAUGCAAGCGGAAAUUAUGAGCGAAAAAGAGGCUGAAAAAACUGGGAAUUUCAUGGAAGACGAGCACUGGCUAUCCACCAUUUCACAGUACAACCGUAAGAUCAAGCACUGGAAUCGCUUCAGAGACGAAGUAGAGGAUGACUUUGUGCGGACAGGGGAUGAGAAUCAGGAAUCUUCUAAUGAAAACGUGGACACCACCAAGGACCCCUGUCAGAAGGUGCAGUGCAGCCGGCAAAAGGUGUGUAUCGCCCAGGGUUACCAGACGGCUGUGUGUGUCAACCGCAAGAAGCUUGAGCACAGGCUAAAGCAGCCUGCCAUUAGGUCUCCUGAGAGAGGAUGUCAACCCUGUCCCAUCUCCUCCUCAAGUCCUGUGUGUGGCUCUGAUGGACACAACUAUGCCUCACAGUGUAAAGUCGAGCAACAGGCGUGCCUCACAGGGAAGACUCUGACCACGAAGUGUUCAGGUCUUUGUCCUUGUCUUAACACGGCCCCCACCACAGAGGUCAGGCAUGGAGGUUGUACCAGGCAGGACCUUUCUGAUCUGGGGGACAGGCUGAGGGAUUGGUUUCAGCUGCUGCAGGGCAGUGCCAACAAAACCAAGACUGGAGCCAACUCUAAGACAGGGACAAACACUGGAUCAGCCCUGGACAGGAGCGCGGUGGCUAGUUGUAAGGAUUCUGUAGGCUGGAUGUUCUCUAAGCUGGACACCAACAGUGAUGUGCAUCUGGACCAGGCUGAGCUGGCAGCCAUUAACCUGGACAAGUAUGAGGUCUGCAUCUGGCCCUUCUUCAACUCCUGCGACACCUACCGUGACGGGAAAGUGUCUAUGGCAGAGUGGUGCCUCUGCUUUUGGAGAGAUAAGCCCCCCUGUCUUGCUGAGCUGGAGAGGAUCCAAAUACAGGAGGGGGGAAAGAAGAAACUGGGCCUCUUCAUUCCUAGCUGUGAUGAAGAUGGAUACUACAUGAAGCUACAGUGUGAUCCGGCCAGGGGAGAGUGCUGGUGUGUCGACCAACACAAAGGAGAACCUGCCAGCUCAAGAAUCCAUGGCAACCUUGACUGUGAUGAAGUGGUGGCAUAUUCAGGUGAUGGAUUUGGCAGUGGUGUUGGAUGGGAGGAUGAGGAAGAAAAAGAAGCAGAGGAGAACACAGAGGAGGCCGAGGAGGAAGGGGAAGCGGGAGAGGCAGAUGACGGAGGAUAUAUUUGGUAGAUGUGAUGAAAAAUGUCUAGCUGGUCCAACAUUACUACCGGAGCAUCUCAACUUCUCGCUCUCUCUCCUUCUUUUACACACACACAAAAAAAAUUAUGAGCCUGAAAACCUGAAGAGGUGGACAUUAUUGAAAAAAAGACACUGACUUAACCCUGGACUACCGAAGGAGAGGGGAGUGUGGAGAGGGGAGUGUGGAGAGGGGAGUGUGGAGAGGGGGGGGGGUAGAAAGCGGGUAGCCUUUAGCAGGGUGGCUGACAAAGUGGAAUAUAAAUAGCUAGAAACUGUGGUCUGACAAGUCAGGACGUGUCCUAAAUACUUGUGAAUAUCUUCGUUCCAUUUUUUCUGUUGUACGUGCAAGACAAAUGUAUUCUGGAGCAGUUUUUAGCAGAAGAACAUUUAAAGUUAAAAGGCAGGAAGUUGCUGGAGAAUAUGUGCUCAUGUUAGGAACUAGAGGAGCUUUGGGGCCAAUCCUCAUAGUCUAAAGUGGCUUCCUCCCUUUGCCUUUUUCCUUUCAUUUCCAACUUCCUUUGCACUGAUUUGAAUGAGAUGGACAGGUAAAAGCACACACGGCAGGCUUUCUUUCUCACCAUCCUAGUGCUUUCACAUUAGUGCAGAUGUGAGAAAGGAGAUGAGAGCCAUCUAACUUCAGAAUAUUGCAUUUGAUUUUCCCAUAACGUCCUGUAUGCCUCUACAUGUGUGACAUUAAUGCUUUGACUCAUCAACUCUAAUAAAAAAAAUUACAAUGUU